UGGCUGUGGCUGAGUCUGGCGUCUGAACUGCGGCGACACGCUCCUCGCUGGAUGCUUGGGACAAGCUGACGACUGGGAGCUGCUAGCUUUCAGCAGAGCUCCGCUCAUAAUUGGGACCUUGUCUUCUGACUUCGGGCUUCAUUCUUUUUCGUUUUGGAUGGAGCGCUUGUGAUUCUGCUAAUUCACUCCUACAUACCAAAGGCUGGAGAGUUGACCCUGGUCAAUGUACAUAGCACUUACUUCAACUCCACCAGAAAUGAAUGCCAACAGCAUGCCUAAACAAGUGGAGGUGAGGAUGCACGAGAGUCACCUGGAGCCCAUUGAGGCCAGGCCUCAGUCCAAAUGUGCCAAAAUCUGCUCCAAGAUGUUCAAGAACCUUCUGCUCACGCUCACUGUUCUGGGUGUGAUCUUGGGAGCUGUAGCAGGGAUGUUGCUUCGUGUCGCUUCCCCGAUCCACCCAGAUAUCGUCAUGGUGAUUGCUUUUCCUGGAGACAUCCUGAUGAGGAUGCUGAAGAUGCUGAUUCUGCCACUCAUCAUUUCCAGUUUAAUCACAGGUCUGUCUGGUUUGGAUGCCAAAUCUAGUGGUCGUCUGGGCACCAGAGCCAUGGUCUAUUACAUGACAACCACUAUUAUUGCUGCUGUCCUUGGAGUCAUCCUGGUGUUGAUCAUUCACCCUGGCAACCCCAAGCUAAAGGAGAAUCUUGGCGAGGGCGAGAAGAAUGACGACGUGUCAAGCCUGGACGCUUUCUUUGAUCUGAUACGAAACCUGUUCCCAGAGAAUCUGGUGCAGGCGUGUUUCCAACAGAUCCAGACAGUCACAAAGAAGGUGGAAGUUGUCGUUGAGGAGGAACUUAAUGCCACCACUGUAGAGGGGCUGGUGGCUAACAUAACCAAGGAGCCUCAGUUCGUCAUCAAAAAGUCUCUGCAGUUUAAAAGUGGCAUGAAUGUUCUUGGUCUGAUUGGUUUCUUCAUUGCAUUUGGCAUCUGCAUGGGCAAGAUGGGAGAGAAGGCCCGACUCAUGAUUGAAUUCUUCAACAUCCUCAAUGAGAUUGUGAUGAAACUUGUCAUCAUGAUCAUGUGGUACUCUCCAUUCGGUAUCGCUUGCCUCAUUUGUGGUAAGAUCAUCUCCAUCAAGGAUCUGGAGGUUGUGGCCAGGCAGCUGGGAAUGUACAUGAUCACUGUGAUCAUUGGCCUCAUCAUCCAUGGAGCCAUCUUCCUGCCCAGCAUCUACUUUGUUAUUGUCAGGAAAAACCCUUUCACCUUCUUCUUGGGCAUCUUCCAGGCUUGGAUUACUGCUCUGGGGACAGCUUCCAGUGCUGGUACACUGCCUGUUACCUUCCGUUGCCUGGAGGAAAACCUGGGCAUUGACAAGAGAGUCACUCGUUUCGUGCUCCCAGUGGGUGCCACCAUCAACAUGGAUGGAACUGCCUUGUAUGAGGCGGUUGCUGCCAUCUUCAUCGCUCAGAUGAACGGUGUCCACCUUGACCCGGGUCAGAUUGUUACUGUCAGUCUGACAGCCACCCUGGCCAGUAUUGGAGCAGCCAGUAUUCCCAGUGCCGGCCUGGUGACCAUGCUGCUGAUCCUGACGGCUGUGGGCCUGCCGACCCAAGACAUCAGCCUGCUCGUUGCUGUCGACUGGCUGCUGGACCGAUUCAGGACCUCGGUGAACGUGGUGGGUGACUCCUACGGUGCAGGCAUCGUGUACCACAUGUCCAAGGCCGAGCUCGACGAGCUGGACGCGCACGCGGCCAAAUCGGACGACAUCGAGAUGAUGACGAAGACCCAGUCGUAUUACGACGACAUGAAGAACCACCACGAAAACAAUUCAAACCAGUGCGUCUUAACCACCGAAACCACCUCCGCUAGCGCUACCGCUAACAGUUCUAUCGUAGUAGAUGAAUGCAAGGUAACCUCAGCCACUAACGGCUCCGCUGCGGAGUGCACGCUUGUUGAGGAGGAACCAUGGAAACAUGAAUAAUGGCAGCGCAGAGAUCCCCUGCUCCUGGGCUCCACAAGCUUUCUUACCUGGUGAAAAAGAGUGAAUGAAAACAAGUCACACAAACAGAACAACUAAUUGUUUUUUAUGUAGUUUAGUUCUCUGUUUUUAUUAGUCCCUUUAAGAGUUUUUGUAACUGUGUAUCUGACUGAUAUCUAAUACUAAUUCACCUAACCUUGAAGUGAUAACAGAGGUAUGCUGUACCUGUUAGAGCACACGUCCUUUAUACAGUAGCAGAUACUUGCACAACAUACUUCAAGGCUCGGGGAGGGAACGAAGAGUAAAGAACUACAUUAGAUAAGUUAUUCUCAGCAAUACAGUCUGGUUCUACGCUGUAAGACGAGAGGAGACGUGGCUGUAAAAUGUGAAACCCACACUGACUAAUCCUCCACGUUUCAUGCAGGUGAUUCAGGGGGUGAGUGGGACUAAUCGCGACAGGUGUGACGCUGGUAUUGAACCUCCUUGCUUUAGACCCCCGUCAGUGCUAUCACAUAUGUUUUCCCCAAGGCAGCGUAGACUGAUAUUACAAACUAUCCCUAAGGUCCAGCAAGCAGAUGAAAUUUAGGAGGCGGGGGCACAGAGGAAUUAGAAAGCACAACAAACCCAGCGCCGCCAAGCCCACGUUUAUCCCUGCAUUCUUUUUCCUUUGAUGAAAGUUUUAAUUGAAAGUAAAGGGGCAUUCUAAAAUUUGUUAUAGUGAAAUAUAAAACUUUGUGUGUGAUUGUGUGAGGAGAAGAGAGUUGUAGUUAGAGAAGUCGACUAUAGGGACCAAACAGGCAGAAAAUCAAUCAGUUUAAAAAGACCUUUAAACAAAUUUCAUCAUGCAGUUUUAGCAUUAAUCCAUCUAUAAGUAGCUUUUAGUGUCGCGGACUCUGGGCCCGUUCUCCCGUUUUGCCUAAAAACAACUUAAUUAGGAGACAAAACAGAAAUGUUUAUCAUGAGAUUUCCAUAUAGUUAAUAUGGCACACAACUAUAAAGAGCACAAAUUAAGUGAUAGAGCACAAAUAAAGUCAAAAGGCCAAUCAAAUAAUGAAAGCACACACAAUACGGGCGCACAUUGACACUGUCUAAGUAAAAGAAAUUACAGAAACACGCAGGCAGAGACACUCAGGCGCGUAUGUUUACACUGGAAAACUAUUAUAGACCUAAAUGUUUACUCGCUCAUUAUUAGAGCGUUUUGCCUCGACAGCACAGAAUCGACCUUAUAGCGACAGUUCACUGCCACGAUCCCUGAGACCAGUGCCAGGAAAGGGACGCACACGCGACAAGCACACGCAUGUUUAUCUACAUUCCGGCCACUGUGUGAAAGCACAGAUAGAGUUCACCGAGCACCGUAAGCAGAGAGGCAGCGUCAGGUCAGGUGGGUUGUGGGUCUCUAUGGAGAGGCCUGCGUAGCUGACAAGCUAGAAUCCAUAUAGAACUAUACACACACAGCCACCAGAGCUCAAGACUGUUCUACAAACCCUAGAUGCUGCAGUUAUGAACCAUAUCGGCAAUUUAAGAAACCUCAGAGAUAAAAGCAAUGGACACACACAGAAAUGCAUUAUGCAGAAUGUCGCCAACUAUCAGGUAAAAAUAUACUGGCUUCAAAGCGAUCUGCAAACACACACGCACGGACGCACACGUGCACACACACACACACACACACACACAGGCACACGCACGCACACACACACACGCACACACACACACACACACUGGCUGUUGAUCUUUGUUAGCCUGCGUGGGUGAGAGGAGAGAUUCCCGUGUUGUGGGGAUGGGUUGGAUUUCUGUGUCAGUGUUACAUGUACGUCCUUCUCUCCGGUCGUGUUCCUCUUCACAUCGUUCGUUGCCUUGAAGACGCUCUCUUCAAACAAAUGCCCACGCCGCGCACCGCUUCAGAGUAACGCUAGGGGACCUAACCAGACACGUAGUGCAGCGCUCUGUCCUUUAGUUGCCGAGAACCGCUCUCUGGCUUUGCUUUUCUGAGACGACCACACAGUUGGUGUCCUGCUGUACAACACACACACACACACACACACACACACACACACACACACACACACACACACACACACACACACACACACACACACACACUUUCUCUGCUUACACUUACACCUUGAAGGUCACGACAUUUAUACCGGAUCAGGCCCUUUAAGCCUCAUCUAUUGACCAUGUGAUCUUCAGGAUUAAAAAAAGAACAAACAAACAAAAAAAACCAACAUCUCCAGUAUGGACACCAUGCAGAUUACAGUCUCACCGAUGGGGAUUGAGUGUUGGACCACUAUUAUGUUCAAACACACGGUUUUUGAAGCAUGAGUAAAAUAAAAUGACAAUUAUUUUUUGCACCACUAUCUUAAAAGCAUGAUAUUUUGAAGUGCCUCCUUGCACUUUGUGUAUAUAUUGUAGGUAACAGAUGUUUUUUUUUUUGGUUGCUUGUUUUGUUGUUCUUUUGGGGGGCAUUGAAUAGGUGCGACUUUAGUUCCAUUACUGUGACAUUUUCAAUGUAAUACACUAGAGAAAAAAAAUAUCAUCUAUGUCCUGAGUAAAAUUAGAUUAGACAAAAUGUAUAGAGAAGAACUUGUGUAAUAAAUUGCUUGUUUUUUAUUCUCUAAUAGCUUGUUAACUAGUCAUUUACUUACCUGUCACAAACCAAUAUAUAAAUAUCUUUCUUUUUGUAUCUAAUGUAAGCGUUUUGAAUGUUCGUUCCAUGGAGAUAUAAGCAGUUCAUUCAUUUCCAGUGUACAUAAAUAAAUAUAUAAUUGUUCUGUUCAGUGGGUGAUGCAGAAGUCCGGAAAUUAGAGUGAUCCUGAAGCCAACAUUGUUUGCAUGACGAAGAAAGGAAUAUAGGGAGGGAAACAGAGAGAGCGAGAGAGCGAGGGGAAGUUACGUGUUUGACCGAGAGGGGCCAACGUGAGUUGUUACACAUUGUUGGAAUAACGGUGUUCAGUAAAGAUGAACACGCUGGAAAAUAUGUCAACACCCUGAGUGUAGGACAGAGUGAAGAAUGCAACAGCCCAGUUGAUUUCAGUGAGAGGGAAACACAUAGAAUGCACUCAAAUGCCUGUUUUAGUAUCAAGCGACGUUCCUCAGGUGACUCAUCUGAACCAUUUUGUGUUUCCGCGCCGGCUUUAGUCUCAGGCCUCUUUGUUUACCUGGUGGGUCUGACGCUGCAGAUCUCUCGAGACCUUUAGAUCCCGUGCUCGCUCGUCCACAUGACACAUGUUGACCCGUUCGACCUAACUCUGUCGCCGCCGCGGAGGAUCACGACACCCCCCUCAGUCCUGCCUUUUAUUUGCCUACCACACAGAAUCUAUAUGCACCAACACCUGGAACGGGCUUUGUAGUAGGAAGCGCUACAUGCAAAGCGCGCUGACGCGGCGUUUCUACCCCGAAACAGCUGAGAACCUGCCUCACUUCUGCCUACGACGUUACAACAUGCUUUCUGGAUAUCACUCUAGGCGCCCUCUGUGCAAAGCUGUUGUCAUCUUCAUAUAAAGGCAGAGUGUGUUUGUGUGGUGGGGUGGGGGGAUAAAACACAUGAAUUCCCUCCUUGAUCUAUGGUAUACAUAAGAAAAUCUGUUUCUACAUAUCAAUAAGUGUUGUACCUUUGGUGUACAUAUACAAAUAUAACUAAUAAAUGUUGAUUCAUAACUAAA